GCACUUCCUGCCGUACCGAUGCGACGGAUGAUGUUUGCCCGUCGUCCUGCAUCUGUGCCAGAGACUCAGGGACAGUGACCUGCCGUGACGGGGAGGACACCGAGGUACCGGGAGACAUUCCGGAGUGGACGUCCACCUUGAUACUCAAGGGGAGAAACAUUUCAACUUUACAGCGUGGUGCGUUCAUGAGCAACGGGACGGAGUUGGAGAUUACGACACUCUCCCUGUCCUAUAACGGGAUACGGGCUAUUGAACCUUACGCCUUCCUGGGACUCCCCCGAUUGCAUUUGCUGGAUCUAAGCCACAAUCAGUUGGAGUUUAUCUCAGCCAGGGCUUUUCACGGGUUACUGGAGCUGCGCUCUCUUUACCUAAACCACUCUAUUUUGCCCCCGGCCACGGAGCAGCUAUCAAAUGCGCUUAGCACACAAAGUUUGCGCAACCUCCACAGACUGGAGUUGGCGGGAAACAUGCUUAAAUCUAUUCCCCUGCUGCGAUUAGAUAUGCAUAAUCUCCACGCGUUAGUGCUGAUGAAUAACUCAAUAGAGAGCAUAGGAGGGGAAAAUGUAACCAUUUUGUACCAGCAAAGGCGCAUACGCGUCUACUUGUCUUUAAACCCGUUUAGGUGCAACUGUGAGCUGGAGGCGUUUUACUACUGGUUGAAGAACUCAUCCCAGUGCCCGGAUGCAGGGCGUCUCCUGUGCAGCGAGCCGGAGGCCAAAAGGGGGAUUGCUGUGGAGAAGCUCCGGGAAGAGGACGUGGAUUGUAUGAACGAGAACCUCGAGGCGGUUUCAUACGUGUUCCUCGGUAUAGUGUUGGCUCUGAUCGGGGUGGUGUUUCUCAUGGUGCUGUAUCUCAACCGGGGAGGCAUCAAACGGUGGCUCAACAACAUCAGAGAGGCGUGCCGAGACCAGAUGGAGGUCUACCACUACCGCUAUGAGCAGGACUCAGACCCGAGACUGGCCAAUGUGGCAGUUUAACCUACUGAAACAUCUGGCCAAUGCCGUGUAGUGAAAGGGCAGUGGAGGUAACGUCAAAACAUCUGGGGAAAUUCCCUCGAAGUGUCCUGUUACAGUCAAAAUCAAUAGUUUUUCCAAUCACUUUCAUAAUUCUCAGCAGCUGGCCAAUGAACUUCAUGCGUUAUCCCUCUCACACUGGGAUAUGCAUAUAGCCAAACACAGUUAAAUGACUAUAAGAGACUAUUAAGUAUUCAUCUUGCACAGGCUGAAUACUUAAACUUCUAAGUACUGUUGUACAUAUUGUAUAAUCGUUUCAUGCAUUAUGUUAACGUGCACAGUCUACAGCAGCUUGUCAGACUAACCUAGUAUUAUUUAUCUUAUUAAGCAAGUGACAAAUAUACAGUAAGGGUAUAUAUCAUUUUUUUUAUUUUAAAAGCUGGAAUGGAAAGGUGAAUUAGAGUAAUUACUAAAAACUGUAGCCCUUGCAAAUUGUUGCGAACUAAUGGCCUACAUUCAGGGCACCUCAGAGAGAACAAGGUAUUCCUGAUUCUAAUCUACUGGGGAGUGCAUAAUGCAAAAUAGUGAGAGACAGGGGCAGGUAAAAUGGGGCAAGCUGGUAAGUGCCAUGUUUGUGCAAGCAGGCGAUGUUAACUGUCAUAUUUCAUCAUCAAGAACAUGGGAUACCUUACCAACCUUGUCUUUCCAAUCAGCUUUUGAUCUCUGAAAAUAACGUGUAUUAUUUGACACCAGGUCAGCUUAUCAGUGAAGGGGUAAAAGAGGAAGAGACAGAAUCUAACCAUGCAUGUGAUUGUUGUAGGCAUAGAAAACCAAACCAAACAUUAA